CACUUCCUUUCUUAAAUGUGGCUAUAAAAAGCAGUAAGAAAACUCAAGCGAAACUGACUCUGCUAGAAGAAUCCUGUGCUCGUCCAAGGAUUAGACCCCAGGGAAAGAUGGCUCAGCACCACCUAUGGAUCUUGCUCCUUUGCCUGCAAACCUGCCCAGAAGCAGCUAGAAGAGAUGCAGACUUCCUCACUGUGAAUGGGAUUCUGGGGGAAUCAGUUACUUUCCCCUUAAAUAUCCAGGAGUUGCAAAGAGUUGUCACCAUUACUUGGACUUCUGGAACCUCUGUUGCUUUUGUAACACCCAGAGGCUCAGGAACAGCACCCCAAGUUGUUGUGACUCACAGUAAUUACGAUGAACGAAUACACGUCUUGGGUCAAAACUACAACCUGGUCAUUAACGAUCUGAGGAUGGAAGAUGCAGGAGACUACAAGGCAGACAUACGCAUGGACUUGUCCUACACUACCACCAAGUGCUACAACCUGCAAGUCUAUCGUCGGCUUGAGAAGCCAAAAAUCACACAGAGUUUAACGACAUCUGUGAACGGGACCUGUAACGUCACGCUGACAUGUUCUGUGGACAAAGAAGAAAAGAACGUGACAUACAGCUGGAGUCCCCCAGGAAAAGAGGGCAAUGUCCUUCAAAUCUUCCAGCCCCCAGAGGACCAUGAGCUGACUUACACGUGUACAGCCUGGAACCCCGUCAGCAACAAUUCUGAGUCCAUCUCCACCCAGCAGCUCUGCACAGACACCGCAAUGGGCUUCCGUGCUCACCACACCAGGUUGCUGACUCUGCUGGCUGGGUUCUUUCUGAUUGCUCUCAUUCUGUCUUCAGUGUUUUUGUUCCUUUUGCGCAAGAGAAGACAAGGUAGGAUUUUCCCAGAAGGUUCCUACUUGAAGACCUUCACUAACAGCCCUGAUGCUGCAUCAAAGAAAACAAUAUACACAUACGUCACAGUUUCAAGAGACCCUCAGCCAGCGGAGUCCAGGAUCUAUGAUGAAAUCCCCCAGUGCAAGGUGCCGCCCUCCAAGGAAGAGCCAGCGAACACGGUCUACUCCAUUCUGCAGUUCUCUGAUAAGAUGGGGAAAACCAGCACACAGGACAGCAAACCUCUGGGAACGUCAAGCUACGCAAUUGUGAUCUAGGCUGCCAGACAGAGCUCUCCCUCUGGAAACUGAGACACAACCACCAACACUGGCAGGUGCCCUGGACCCAGCCCUUCUCUGCCCAGCUCUUGCUGAGAGACUGCAAAUCACCACAUCCCAGCAUGUAAGCAAAGCAGGAAAACCUCUGUUGCUGGACAUCGCUUGUGCCUAGAUGGACAGAUGGACGCAUGUCCUUUAUGAAAUGACUCUCUGCUGGACAAAUGACAAAGCAGGUUCCCUAGGACAGUGCUCCCCAAACUUCUUCACAACACAGCACAUGCAGAAAAUAAUAUUUUUAUGUAGCACACUGGGAUAGAAAAAAAAAUCAAGAUUACUCACAUCUGGAAGCUGCCUAUGACCAGAGGCCUCUCAUGACUGGAAGUGACAACCCUGCCUGGCAAGGACAGGAUCAAUACUUUGCACACCUGUAAUAUGCCAUGGCACAUCAGCUAGAAUGCUCUGCUCACACUCAGUAUAUGUGAGUAGCCCUGGUGCAUGGGCUCCACCAGUCCCUACAGCACCUCGAGCAAAUUAGCACCGUUGUUCAAGGCAGGUGCAGCCCGGGUGCAUGACUUGGAGAGCAGUGUGGGCUGCACAUCAUCCCCCACCCACCCCUUUGCCUGAGAACCUUCAUGCAGGACACAACUGGCUCAACCAGCCCAAACACAGAUGACGGUCCCGAGUGGGGGAGGCUGCCAGAGUUGUGGCUGUCAGCCAUGCAGACACACUCCCCAAAUGCAGUGUUGGAAAAUGCUCUUUCUGUGGAGUCUAGACUGCUGGGGUACAUUUCUCUGAGUUCUACUUUAGAAGCCUCGUAGGACUUUCUUUCUGGCCACGUUUUCCUUCUGAGUGACUCCAAGCAGCCUCAGCAAGAAGCAGCAGCUGUACCCAGUACCCCCACUCUCCCAAAGGAACUGACCAGCUAUGUUUCUGGAACUUCAGGGGAACUGGGUGUAACCCAACCAUCAAAAAAAGAGACCUUGGCUGGGAGCGGUGGCUCACACCUGUAAUCCUAGCACUCUGGGAGGCCAAGGUGGGAGGAUCAC